AUUUGAUAAGUGAAAUGACAAACUGUAUGAAAACUUGAAAAAAAAACCUAAAUUCUUAUAAUCUUAUGCUUUGUAAUUGUUUCGAGCGGAAUUAGGGUAAUGAAAUAAGAAAUUAGAUCUUAUCUUUUUCAUAAUUAAACGUACUUGAGGAACAAUGUUGGAAAUUAUAAACGGAUUUUUACUUGUAUAUUUCGUUAUUCUAUGCACUCUUAGUGCUAUAGUUCCAAUUUUAGUUAAACCGAUAGCAGCUUGUUUUUCGAGGCCGUCAAGCGAGGAACGGGUAAUUUUAAACGAAUUAGUAAAACUCAAAACAGAACAAAAAAGUAUAUCAAUGAAAGAUGAAUUUGCUGCUUACUCGAAACUGCAGCGAAAAAUAAACAAACUCGAUGCUGAAUUGAAAGAGAACUCACAAUCGCGAUUAAGCAAGAGCCUAGCUAUAAAAGGAUCAAUCAACAUUAUUCUCCAAGUGGUGAUUGCAUUGGUUAUAAUUAUAUCAGUUAUUUGGUUUAGACGUGAACCGAUUGUGACCUUGGAUGGUGAUCUUUUCCCUCUCACUACAAUGCUUAGAUACCCCAGCGAUAUGCCAAAUGCAAUCUCAACUCAUGUAUGGGUGUUAAUUUCAAAUGUGUCAAUUAGAUCUUUACUUAAACCAAUUUUAUCCUGAUAAUACUUUUGAACACGUAAAAAUAAUGGGUAAACAUAUUAUUGACUUUAUGCUAUGGUAAUUUGUUUUAUAUUUAUAUAAUGGUUGCUUUAUUUGUUCAUUAUAAAAUAAAUGAGGACGGUUAAACAGAAACAAUGGUAUUUUUUAAUCAUUUAAUCAAUAAACAAAUUUUAUAGUAUCUUAUACUCAGUCUGACAUACGUCCAAAAUCUUUCCAUUAACAAAUAUAUGAUCAGAAGUCUACUUACCAGUUCCUAAUUUAACAAGAAUCAACAUUAAAUCUACAUAAUAUAUUCAUAUCGUGAUUUGCAGAUGAUAAAAACUUACAGCUAAUUCAAUAAGAAAAGCCUUCAUGACAAAAUGUAUUUCAAACUUUGCAAAGAGCUCUAUGUAAUAAAAAUAUCAAAGUAACUAAUAUUUACAUGUGCUAUAUCACAGCUCACUUACUAAUUCUGUGCUAACUGCUGAUUAAUAUAUAAUGGAUAUUCAUGAAAUCAAUUAUGUCUAUAAGCCUUGGGUUUUCGUUAAGUAUGGGUACUUGCACUUACAAUGGCUUUAGUUUCAAUAAACAAAAUGUUUUCUAACAAUUAUAGUUAGAUUGAAAACAGAAAAUAAUAUAUUUUUUUUAAUU